AUGGCUUCGACAACGACCAAGAAGUAUGGGGUCAGCCCACCGAUCUCUACCGCCCUCCCCGAACCACUAGAUAAUGAGAAGACUGCGGAUCUGGUCGAGGAACUCAAGAAGGAGAACAACUACGAGGCCCAAGAUGAGACUAAGAAACGAAUCGCAACCCUCAAACUCUUGAAUCGGGUGACUCAGGAAUUCGUGGCAGAAGUCAGCCGAAAACAACGCCUCCCUCCCUCGCAAAUCGAACAGUUUGGCGGCAAGAUAUUCCACUAUGGAAGUUACCGGUUGGGUGUAUUUGGUCCAGGUUCUGAUAUCGACACGCUGGCAGUCGCCCCGCGCCAUGUCAGCCGUGAGGACUUCUUCGAAUUGUAUCCUGGAGUUCUCAAACGCCUCGCCGGGCCCGGCGCCAUCACCUCCAUGACAGCCGUACCUGAAGCCUUUGUUCCCAUCAUCAAGCUCGUUCUGAACGGCAUUGAAAUCGAUCUGAUCUUUGCCUCAAUCACCAGCCUCUCAACCAUCCCAAAAGACCUGACGUUGAACGACAACAGCCUCCUUGCAGGUAUAGAUGAGCGGACAGUCCGUGCAGUCACUGGGCCACGUGUUACAGAUGAGAUUCUAAAUCUAGUUCCAGAACAAAAGACCUUUCGAACGGCGCUACGAGCGAUCAAGUUGUGGGCACAAAGAAGAGCGAUAUAUGCGAAUAUUGUCGGUUACCCUGGAGGCGUGGCUUGGGCUAUGCUUGUCGCUCGUGUGUGUCAGCUGUAUCCACAUGCUGUUGGAGCUACGAUUGUUGACAAGUUCUUCUUCGUGAUCAAGGAUUGGAAAUGGCCGGUACCCGUCAUGUUGAAGGACAUUGAACAGGGCAAGACACAGGAGGAAAAAGCAAAGUUUCGAGUCUGGAAUCCUGCUAUCAAUUCGAGUGAUCGCAAGAAUAUCAUGCCCAUUAUCACCCCUGCCUUCCCAAGCAUGUGCGCGACUUACAACAUCUCCAAGUCAGGCAAGACAAUUAUUUUGCGCGAGCUCGAGAGAGGUGCCCAGAUCACAACCAAGAUUUUUGCUGGAAAAGGAACAUGGAGUGAUCUCUUCAAAAAGCACACCUUCUUCACUGCCGACCACAAAUACUACCUCGCUGUGACUGCAGCCUCAUCCAAUUCCGAGGCGGCCAAGGCGUGGGCUGGCGCCGUUGAGUCUAAGAUCCGUCUCUUUGUCAUGCAGUUGGAGCUGAUACCAGAUAUCAAACUCGCAAGGCCCUUUACCAAGGGCUUCAAGAGAGUUCACAAGUGCGAAAAUGAAUCUCAAAUUCGAGAGGCUCAGAAGGGCGGCAUGAAGUACAAGGUCGAGGAGACCAAGACUAUUGAAACUACUGACCCUGAAUUGGUCACUGCCAACGGAGAAGGUGCCGCUAUCCCGAACGCACAGAACUCGAAGGCUGAGAUGGAUGGGAAUCUGCACAACCUCUACACUUACACUUUCUAUAUUGGUAUCGACACCAUUCCCAGAGGAAGCUUGAACCUCGUUCCGGCAUUCUCGGCUUUCCGGGAUGUCUGUGAGAGCUCAAACACUUAUGUUAAAGACUUGCAUUCUCUCAGCCUUGCAUCUUUCAAAAGCUGGGAAUUGCCAGAGGAUUUAUUUGAUUCGAGUUUGGGAGAGGUCCGCCCUACAAAGCCGAUCAAGAAGGCUGUCAAGGUCCCAAAGCCAGAGGCAGCUCCUCGGCGUAGCAUCAACGAGGUCGAUAAUGUCGAAACCAAUGGAACUUCUGUUAAGCGCCAACGAUUGAUGACUCCAAUUAUGACACCAACACCAACACCAGCUCCUGCCCCAGCUUGA